AUGACUACGCCGCCGCCUCGCCGCGGCACACCCCGCCCGCCGCCCGGCGCCUCGCCGUGGGCCGCUCCGCAGUCGCUCGCCUCGCCCACGGCGCCGCGGCACCCGCCGGCGCCGCCAGCGCGCCGAGACGCCUACUUCCGCCGCGUCGCUCAGCCCGCCGUGUACGCGCAGGGCGGCGACGUCGCUCCGGCACCAGCGCCGUGGCAGCGCCGCGCAAACGUCCUGGCGGCCGUCAUCGGCGGCACGGCCUGCGCCUACCUCGUGCUGCUCGCCGACUUUGGCCCGCGCGAGCAUGUCUUCAGCGGCCUGCGACGCUCGCUCGGCCUCCCAACGCACAAGCCGCGCGCCGAAGACCCGAUGGGCCUCUACGCCGCCUCCAUUGCGCCGCCGCUAGGCGCACCAACAUCGCCACCCGCAGGCUCGGGGCGCGACGUCAGACGCACAGAGAAGCUCGUCUGA